AUGUCUCGCUCCGAAUAUAGUGAACUUCCUGCUAUAGGAGCAGCCAUUGAUACAGGUAGUAAGAGUUUUGAUCGUAUUUACGGCAUGCUUCUUGGAAUUCGUGUGCAUGUAAGUAGGAUUUCAUCACAUCCUCUUGAACCUGUUAACGAAGCAGCUUUUCAUGAAUAUACAAAAAUCGAUAUUCCGCGUGAAGGCAACAAUAUUGCCCCUGCACAUAAAGGAAACUACGAUUACAAGUUUAAAGCUUAUCAACCUAAAGUUUUUCGCGCACUUCGUCAAUUUUUCGGUGUUUCAGAUGUCGAGUAUCUUGUUUCUCUUACAUCAGAUUACAUGAUGUCUGAAUUAAAGACUAUCGGACGUUCAUCUGCGAUGUUUUAUUACACUUGGGACGGUCGAUAUGUUAUUAAGACUCAAACGAAAGAUGAAAUGAAAGUUUUGCAGAAAAUCCUCCCGCAGUACUUUGAUCACGUUACAAAUCACCCAGAUACUUUAGUAAAUCAUUUUUACGGUGCUUACCGCUCACAAACAUCCAUUGGCAGGAAGAUUCAUUUUGUUGUCAUGAACAACAUCUUCCCAAUCGGAUAUCAAAUUCAUUACAAAUUCGACCUUAAAGGUUCCAUCAUUAACAGAUCUGUUGAUGCUGCCAAGCGUGCUCACCCUGGAUCCACAUGGAAAGAAGCAGAAUUUGCCGAAAAGCGUUACAUGCAUGUAGGACCUCACGAUUGGGUUUUAUUAAAAGCUACAUUACUUGAUGACACACGUUUCCUUGCUCUUGCCGGCGUUAUGGACUACUCACUUCUUGUUGGUAUCCACCGUUUUGAUUCCAGCCACAUUUUGCAUCCAGCGCCUGGCGAAAGAAUCGAAUUGUGGACAGUUUUCAUUCCAGACAAAUCCUCAUACUUCCAAUACGAUGGCAACUCCUUCAUCAUACGUAAGCGCGAAGAAGCGAACGGCCGCCGUACAAAACGUCAUGAUAUCGAACCUCAAGCCGUUUCAAAGCUUUCUGUUGAAGACAGAAUCAUUCCACAGGCCGCGUGUCUUCCAUACCAAGGUGAUGAUUCGAACAGGCUUCUCAAUUUCUGUGGCGGCUUGAGAGCAACGAAUGAACGCGAUGAACCAUUAUCCGAAAUCUACUUUUUGGGCAUCAUCGACUUCCUCCAAGACUACAACGCGAGGAAAGCCACAGAGCACGCUCUCAAGUCCAUCAUCUACAGGUCAAACGAGAUGUCAUGUGUUGAUCCACAGAAAUACGCGAGCAGAAUGUUCGAUUGGCUUUGCAAGAACAUUUCUCCACCAGCACCAAUACAACCUGAUGCAGAAUCAGAGUUCCUCCGCCGCAGACAGAACUUGAUGAGGAUGGCUUCCAUUUCAACACAGCCAAACCCUCUCAUCAGAAAUUCUGUUGCAAUUCCACUUGGAUCUCUCAACAACACUUCAAACGCAAAUUUGAAGGUUUCGAAUCCUGCAAUUGCCGCAAAACCACCAGAAGAAGGUGAAUCUACUCCGAAACCAAAGAAGGAGCAUCAUCACCAACACAAGAGUUCAAAGGAGAAGAGAGAACAGAAAUCUGCGACAUUGCGCGUCAAACCAAAUGCAAACAUCGCUGAUAUUUUAGUUCAGGAAGACAAAGAAGCAGAAAGAGAGGAAAGAAUGAGGAGAAGAGCUGAGAAAGAAGAGAAAAGAUGCAGAAAGGCAGAAAGAGAAGCAAAGAAAGCAGCAAAGUUGAAACAACAACAAGAAAAUCAAGAAAAAUCUCAAGAAAAGGUGACAAAUCCAGAACCUCAAAAAAGUGACAAUGAAAAGGUGAAAGAAGUUGAACCUCCAAAGAAAAGCGAAACACCUAAGAAGAAGAAAGUUAGGAUCGCUUCCAAGGAUGAGCCACAAACAAAGAAAGCAGAGAAACCGAAGCCUCAAUCAUCUGAUGACGAGAAAAAGUCAAAGAAUGAGGAAGAGAAGCCAAAGAAUGAAGAAAAUAAGAAGAAAGAAAAAUAUUCUAAGUCUUCAAAAUCUGAAGAUCAAGAGUAA